AUGCCAAGAAAACUUAAAUUCCAUGAGCAGAAGCUCUUAAAGAAAGUGAACUUCCUAGAAUGGAAGCAGGACCAAGGACACAGAGAUGCUGCGGUUAUGAGCACAUACCAUUUGCAGAAUAGAGAAGAAUAUCACAGAUACAAUAAACUAUGUGGGCAGGUCCGCAAACUUGCGAGAAAGCUCGCAUUGCUCUCGCCUCAGGAUCCAUACCGGAUAAAGCACGAACAGCUUUUAUUGGACAAACUCUAUAGGAUGGGUGUUUUGCCAACUACUUCAAAGAUUUCUGAUCUCGAAAACAAGGUCACGGUAAGCGCGUUUUGCAGAAGAAGAAUAGCUGUUGUGAUGUGCCGGUUGAAAAUGGCACAGAAUGUGUCUGAUGCAGUGAAAUUUGUUGAACAAGGACAUGUUAGAGUUGGUCCAGAUGUUAUAACAGAUGCUGCAUUUCUUGUAACACGGAAUAUGGAAGACUAUUUGACUUGGGUUGACAAUAGCAAGAUCAAGCGGAAUGUCCUCAAAUACAAGAAUAAGCUUGACGAUUUCAAUCUCGUCUGA